AUGCUCCGGCUCAGGUAUCUGCUUCGAAGUCCUCAUGCACGGUCGUCUGUCUUCAGUUCCACACACACUCGUUCCAACUUGUCAAACCCAGAAAAUGUACGACAUGUGAGGUUUAGGCGGCCUUGGAUUAGGUCGUUCAUAUCAAAAUGUCUUCUAUACGGCACCGCAUUCCACCUCUGGAGCACAUUCGUACUAGUACGAUUUGACGACGAUACCGACGAUGCCGAUCUACCUCCAGUGACCAACUCCGAGGAGACAGCCCCGCGUGAAACCUCCUUAGGAAGCGGCGAAAUCACCGGGAAAGAGGUCGAAAACGAGGGUGUGCUGUUCAUACCGCUUGCCUGGUCUCGGUUGGAACAAGGCGAGCUAUACGCUGCAUCGGACCCAGAGUGGCAAGAAUUUGUGAAGCUAUCCAAGGAUCGGAAGAAGCUUCAGAAGCUUAGGGAUGAACUUGCCACAAUCGUUCUAGAUAAUGCGGGGAGGCAGAUGUCACAGAUACUCGGAGAGCCUCUCUCCCUCACCGGAUUCUGGCUUGUUCAUCAGUUUCCAACCCGUGCCCCUCCUGGAUAUGUGCGAUCGGGGGUGGAGAUUAAGAACGACAGUAUAUCAUGGGUCGCAAAGCCGAUGGACCCCGAGAUAGGUGACAGGUUACGGACCUUCAUGAAACCAGUUCAUGUUGCUCUAGCAAUCAGAGAUGCGUAUCUGGUAAUAUUACUAAGGCAACUGGAUCGUUUCAGGAAACCUGCAGGGGGGCCACUGGAUACAUUUGAUUUCUUGAAUGAUUCUUCUGCCGCACCCGGGCACGAGGGAGGGAACUGGAUUGGCCGAAAAGAUCAAUCUAAACUACAACCACCCCUGACCGAUGGGCUCAAGGAAAAUAUGCCGCCUAAUACCGAGAAUUCCAACUAUCAUCCAUCCUCCCUUAUAUCUUUGUUACAGCGGUUGCCAUUACCAGACCUCGGCCCGGGUUCAGAUCUACACUUGGCGUCACAGGCAUUCAAGUUACGAUUGAACCAUGAACGGGCCCAGACACCAGGGUCUGCUCGCCGAGGAGCUUUCUUUAUCACGGGUCCAGUUGGGUUGAGGGGGCCUAAUGGGUUUUGUCGAUUUGAGGUGAGAGGCGAGUAUGAUCCAGCCAAACGUGAAUGGCGAACCGUGGAAAUGACACUCAAGGAUCUGAACAUGAGGAGACAGAAGGCAUUGGGAAGUUGA